CAGCUGUUGACGGACUGGGGGGGUUCUCUCUGUUGUCGACCUCCGGGGCCGCUCUGAAUGCUCUCUCCCCGGCUCUGUGCUGUCACUGCGGCCGCUCUCAAAGGCACAUGUUGUUUGUGGACCGUUCAGUAACCGAACCUAUGCUGCCAUGAUUGCUUUGUGUCGCCUGGUUCACAGAGGACUGCUGAGCAUCCGGCCGUCUUGCCGUUUGUUCGCCGGACAGGUGGAUGCGGGUCCCCCGGUCCGGACAGCCAGCUCAUCCAGUCCUGUCAGCUUGACUUAUGACGUGUUCGACGGUAAGGGAGAGAGCACUCCCCUGGUGUUUCUCCACGGCCUCUUCGGCAGUAAAUCCAACUUCCACUCAAUCGCCAAGUCCUUGGUGCAGCGCACAGGCCGAAAGUCAGGUGUUGACUGUAGAUGCCCGUAACCACGGUAACAGCCCUCACAUCCCGGAGCUGACCUAUGAAGCGAUGGCCGCCGAUUUGAAACAUCUCCUCAGCCAGCUGCACAUCGAGAAGUGCGUCCUCAUCGGCCACAGCAUGGGCGGGAAGACCGCCAUGACAACCGCUCUGACACAGCCCAGUUUGGUGGAGCGGCUGGUGGUGGUGGACAUCAGCCCGGCCCAAACCACCACACGCACCAACUUCCGCUUCUACAUCCAGGCCAUGCAGGAGAUGAAGAUCUCCACCGACAUCCCUCGCUCCACCGCCAGGCGGAUGGCUGAGGAUCAGCUGCGGAGCUUAGUGAAGGAGCACUCUGUGCGCCAGUUCCUGCUGACCAACCUGGUGGAGGAGAACGGACAUUACUCCUGGAGGGUCAACCUGGAGGCCAUCGCAGCUCACCUGGAGGAAAUCAUGAGUUUCCCCAGACUGGACACCGUCUACGAGGGGCCAACGCUGUUUCUGGGCGGAGCCAGUUCUGCUUAUAUCAGCUCCGACGAUUACCCAGAGAUCCAACGGCUGUUCCCCAACGCCGACAUCCAGUACAUCCCAGACGCGAGCCACUGGAUUCACGCUGACAAGCCUCUGGACUUCAUCAGCUCCAUCAUCUCCUUCCUCCAGUCUUAGCCGCCUGCGGCCGCGCCUGCGGACUUUCUACAGCGCCUCUGAGCGUGGAGCGGAGUCGAUAACGAUCCUAAUAUUCGAGAUAACAGGACCAAACCCGCUCUCUUUUGCAGCAGUCAGUUCUUACUUUUAAAGCCAUUAGUCGUUCUGGUGUAGAGGAUUUUAAUUUAUUAGUGGUUGUAGAUUAUCCAGCUUGUAGAUACGUUUCAGUUGACCCGUUUAUAGAUCCGUUUAACAUCAUGGGGCUGUUUUUGGAAGUAAUGUACUAAUCCAAAGAAACUGUCAUUUGCACUGUACUGUCUUUAUGUUCAUAUACAGUGAAUCGCAAAAGUUUACGCACCUUAUUUAGAAAGCCAUGAAAGGAUGCACUGCAAAAACACAAAAUCUUACCAAGUAUGUUUGGUCUCGUUUCUACACUUGAAAUAAAACAAAACUAACUAAGUUAGCUUGUUUUAAGUUAAAAAUGAUUUAAAUAUUGAUGGAAAAAGUACUAUCUAUACUUGUAGAUUGUGGGAAAAAUAUCUUAUUAUAAGUGAAAUUAUUCCUUAACAUUUUUCAUCGUUGUUAUGAAAUAAUUGACUUAAAACGAGCUCCUAUAUCUUGCUAAGUUACUUCUAAGUCAGUUUUGUCUUAUUUCAAUUGAACUAUGAUAUUUUCACUAGGAACUAGACCAAACAUACUUGGCAAAAUUUUGUUUUUACAGAGUAAUAAAUCAUUUUAAACAUUUAUCGGGAUACAAAUGAAAGUCAAAAAAUUAAAACAUAUUGAAGCACUUUUUGAUUUAAUUUCAGCUUUUAGUCUGCGUUAGAAAGACUCACCUCGUCUUGACUUAACCAUAUUUGACAUCGCUCCUCCACAGCCCAAAACUCACUGAUGUUCAAAAUUUCUUUAACAUGAAGAGAAGUAACCCCAUGCCAUGAUGCUGCCACUGCCAUGUUUCACUAUAGUUAUAGUGUUGCUUUGUGCCAAACCUACCUUAUGAAAUCAUAGCCCUGAAAUUAAAUUUUUAUUUCUUUAAACCAAAGUUUUAUUAAUAAAAUGCACCUUCCUUUCUUUCUUUUUUUAAUUUUAUCUUUAACUCAAACAAACAGAGGAUGCAGCGAAUCGUAGAAAACUCCCAGUUCUUGUCGGAUGCCUCUACUGGUCCUUCAUUUCUGUCUUAUCAGCCUGGCUUUUAUCUUUGCAAAAUUUUCUGAUUAUUUCAGACUGUCUUCCUAGUGCCAUGCUUUUCAUAUAAUGUGGAUUUUUCUCUGACCACCACCUUCAUAUAAGAACCUUUUUAGGCUAAUGGAUAAAAAUUUGCUUAACUAAAAAUUAGCUUAACUUGACUUCAGGUUCACCAGUUUUACUAUAAUUGAUAGAAAGCUAAACGCUGAAAUUCAGUCAAAAAGUGAUUCACGUAUGCACACUUGAUUAUUACAUCAAACAAAAGUUGCAUUAAAAUUCAAAAUGAGUUGGUUAUGUGCAGAUUUGUGAGAGCCGCUGUAUUUAUGUCAGGAUUGUGAAGGAAGUGUUUCUGUGUUUGCGGAUGUGAGUUAAAGUAGCACUGCGGUAAAAUAAAAACUGUAUCUGAGGAGGUUUUGGACCAAACUGGUCAGUACUGUAACUUUGUGGUUCAUUAGGAAUGUCCGAUGCUAGUCGGUUAAGUCGUUAUAAAAACAACCCCUUUGAGAGCGCUGGUUAUAUUUUUAUGCCAACAUAUUUAUUAUCUACUGGAUUCAAGCUGAAACUUUUUCAAUGCAGUAUUAACACAAACUCUUUCCUGAUUCUCUCAGGCUGCAACUCCAAACGCUCGGUCUUCAUUUUUCCUUUGUGUCUGGCGACAAGCCGUGGUGACAUUGUUGUGUCUCUGUAGUUGGUCAGUGUUUUCCCUGUUUACUGCCCGUAUAUUCCAGUUAUCGUUAUGAAUAAGGCACAAGGCUAAGAGAGUAUAUCACCGAGUAUAUAUGCUGCAGCGACGUAUGUAGGUUCGCAAUCAUAGUGGUUUUGAUUUAAUUUCAGUCUCCUCGGGGUCGAUGAGUUUGCUCCAGUAGUGAAACUGCCACAUGUGAGAAUAAGCAGGGUGUUGUUCAUUUAUUUGUAUGAGCCUCUUUUGGCAAGAGGUCGUUUGCUUCUGUAAAACUUUAAUAAGAUUCUAUAACGAUGUUCAGUAGACUUUUAGAUUGGCAGCUGGGUUGCCAGGUCUGUAUGAAUUAACAUUUAAAGCACUAAAUGUUUACUACAAUCAGUGUUUUAUGUUUGUUUGAAUAGAGAAAAAGACUAAAAAAAACUCAGAUUAAAUUAAAUUAUACUGAUUUAAAUUAUUUUUAUAAACCGCAACGAUAAAAUCCUCCUCCCACAGGAUGGAUUUGUGUUGUGGCACAAUUUAAGAGACAGGGGGACAUUUGAAUGCAGAUUUUGUAGUUUAAAAAAACAUUUAAAAGGAGAGCUGUCCGCCAACAUGUUUGAAGACUGUAAUGAUUUGGUCAGGAUUGUAUUCUGACACUAUGAGCAUGCCUUUUCAGCUGUUACCUUUCUGUGCUGUGUACAUCUUUGUUCGUUCAACAUGUUCGCACAGUGGAGGCACUUAUUCUAAAUAAUGGAAAUAUAUAAAUUUUAAAUGUUCACUAGAUCCAUAUAGAAGUGGAUUAUAUAUAAAUAUAUAUAAGUUGCUGGAGAUAUUAUACAAUAAAAUGUCUAAAACCUGUAAAAAUGUUGAGCUUUUCAGUAAAAAUGUAUUUAUUUACACCAAGUUGUAACUGUACUUUUAGGUUCUUUACAUGUUGCAGUAUUCAGUAAUGUUUUAAAUAGCAACAGAUCCAAGGUGCAAAACAUGUUUUCCAACAGAAAAUUCAUUAUUGAGCUGCUUAAAUCUUUUUAAAUACUAUUGGUUUUGACAAAAAUAUCUGGAAAUUAAAAUUUAGGUGUUUUUUUUUACUUCAGUUUGACAGAAAAGUCAGACACUUAGGAAUCCAAUUCUCUUCUGGUCUGUGAACACACCAUACUUGAAGCUAGCAACACCCUUCAGUGUGUAUGCUAUUGCAGAGGGAAGACUUGGUAAUUUUCAGCAUCAUUAAUUUUUUUAAAUGAAGUCAGAAGAAGCACAGAGAUGUUAGAAGCCGUUUCAUGAAAACUGAUUUUCGUCUUUCAUUUCCAACUUUACUUGCUUCAAUAAGCAAUAAUUUAUCAAAUCUGCUAAUAGUCUGCUUCACUGAAAUGUGAUCUUCUAAUAAAAAUUAUAUUUGA